GUUGGACCGGCUGGGCUGCUGGCCGGCCCCCGGGGGAGGGGUGGGGCGUGGCACUGCCAGGCGAUCAGCCCGGUCCGCUCACCACCGAGCAGGCGAGUCCAGCCCGGGUAGCGCUACCAAGGGCUCAGAGGCCCGGCGGGCGCGGCCGAGGAUGAAGCGGGUUGUGCGCGCGCUGCUGUGCGCGGCGGCUCUGGGGCUGUGUCUGACAGUCCCUGAAAAAACUGUAAGAUGGUGCACUGUGUCAGAUCAUGAGGCCACCAAGUGCUCCAGUUUCAGUGACAAUGUGAAGAAAGUCUUUUCUGCGAAUGGUCCCCUUGUCACUUGCAUGAAGACAACCUCUUACCUUGAGUGCAUCGCAGCCAUUGUGGCAAACAAAGCAGAUGCCGUGACCAUUGAUGGAGGUUUGGUGUUUGAAGCGAGCUUGGCCCCCUACAACCUGAAGCCCAUUGCGGCAGAAUUCUAUGGGUCAAAAGAUGAUCCACAAACUCACUAUUACGUUGUGGCUCUGGUGAAGAAGGGAACCAACUUCCAGCUGAACCAGCUCCAAGGCAAAAAGUCCUGCCACACGGGCCUGGGCUGGUCUGCUGGGUGGAUCGUCCCCAUUGGUCUACUGCUUCCCUCUGGCUCUCUUGAAGCAGGAGCAGCCACGUUCUUCUCUGGCAGCUGUGUGCCCUGUGCAUAUGAGAAGAGGUUCCCCAGCCUGUGUCAACUGUGUGCAGGAAAAGGGACUGACAAGUGUGCCUGCUCCUCUCAUGAACCAUACUUUGGCUAUUCAGGUGCCUUCAAGUGCCUGGAGGACGGCGUGGGGGACGUGAGCUUCGUGCGGCACCUGACCGUGUUUGAGGUCCUGCCUGACAAGGCUGACAGGGACCAGUAUGAGCUGCUGUGCCCAGACAACACCCGGAAGUCAGUGGACGAGUACGCGCAGUGCCAUCUGGCCAAGGUCCCGUCUCACGCUGUCGUGGCUCGGAGUGUGGACGGCAAGGAGGACUUGAUCUGGGAGCUUCUCAGCCAGGCCCAGAAAUACUUUGGAAAGGACAAGUCAUCAGAAUUCCAGCUCUUCAGCUCCCCUCAUGGGAAAGACUUGCUGUUUACUGAUGCUGCCCAUGGAUUUUUAAGGGUUCCCCCAAAAAUGGAUGCCAAGCUGUACCUUGGAUAUGAGUAUUUUUCUGCCAUUCAGCAUCUGAAGAAAGGUGUGGAAGUCUCCGGGAGGGUGCAGUGGUGUGCAGUGAGCCACCAUGAGAGGGCCAAGUGUGAUGAGUGGAGUGCGCUGAGUGGUGGCGCUUUGGUGUGUACCAUGGAGGACACAACUGAGGACUGCAUCGCUGCCAUCAUGAAAGGAGAAGCUGAUGCCAUGACCUUGGAUGGAGGAUUUGUCUACAUAGCUGGCCAGUGUGGCCUGGUGCCAGUCCUGGGAGAGAACUAUGGGACUAACGGUAGCAAUGAGCGGCUUAGGUCUAAGUGUGUGAAUACACCCUUGGAAGGUUAUUAUGUUGUGGCUGUGGUUAAGAAAUCAGAUGCCGAUAUCACCUGGAGCUCUCUGCGAGGCAAGAAGUCCUGCCACUCUGCAGUUGGCACUUCUGCAGGCUGGAACAUCCCCUUGGGUUUAAUAUACAACCAAACCAGGUCCUGUAAAAUUGAUGAGUUCUUCAGUCACAGCUGUGCUCCUGGGUCUAAUCCAGAUUCUGAACUCUGUGCCUUGUGUGGUGGCAGCAGCAAUCGAAGCCACUUGUGUGCUCCCAACAGCCAUGAGAGGUACUAUGGCUCCAGUGGGGCUCUCAGGUGUCUGGUCGAGAAGGGAGAUGUAGCCUUCGUGAAGCACUCCGCAGUCCUACAGAACACUAACGGGAAGAAUCCUGAGGUGUGGGCUAAGGAUCUGAAGCAGGAAGACUUCGAGCUGCUGUGCCUCGACGGCACCAAGAAACCUGUGACUGAGGCUAAGAGCUGCCACCUGGCCACGGUGCCAAAUCACGCUGUGAUCUCGAGGAAAGAUAAGGCAGACUUCGUUCGCAGAAUACUCUUCAACCAACAGGAGCUCUUUGGAAGAAAUGGAUUUGAAUAUAUGAUGUUCCAGCUGUUCGAGUCCUCAAGCAAGGACCUGCUGUUCAGCGAUGACACGGAAUGUUUGGCAAACCUAGGGAACAAAACAACUUAUGAAAAAUUCUUAGGGCCAGAGUAUCUUAUGGCUAUGGCUAACUUGAGACCAUGUUUAACCUCUGAACUUCUGGAUGCCUGCCUUUUCCACAGGAAUUAAAAACUGAUCAGGCAGCUACACAGAUGCCAGAAGCCUCAAUACGGCGGGACCAAUUCUCAUUCAUUUCUAUGUGGAUGUCUGCUAAUAUCAAUUAUUUUUCUAAUUUUCAAUUACAAUUGUACAAAAAUUAAAGCAAAUAAAAAUUAUGUCCUUGAAA